AUGUUGGAAGCGCACGAAGGAUUCUGGGGGACGUUCCUGAAGUGGCGCAAGGAGACGGGCGAAAUGUGGAGCUUCGUCAAACAGCGUGCUUUGGAACUGGACUCGCCCGUCUUCCAAUUGUUUAUGAAAGGUCCUUUCAGUAAACCAUGGGUCGUAGUCACGGACUUUCGAGAAAACCAAGAUAUCCAAUCCAUGCGCCAGGGCGAAUUCGAUCGCUCCACAUGGCUUGGUGACGUUUUUGGUCCUCUCCUACCCGGAAACCACGUUUGGAUGCAGAGUAACGACCAAUUCCGCGCGAACCGUAAUCUUCUCAAAGACACCAUGUCUCCAGCCUUUCUCAACAACGUGGCCGCUCCAGGCCUUCACGCGGCAACUCAUGACCUGGUGAAGCUGUGGCGCGAAAAGAUACGACUUUCUCAAGGCAGGCCAUUCCAAGCUGACGUGGACAUCAUUCGGGGGGUUGUGGACGCAAUAUUCCUUGUCAGCCUGGGGUUGGAGCUCGGCCUUAAUAUAGCCCAGGAGGCUCUUCUGUCGGGACUCGACAAUAUCGCGGUCUCUGCCGAUCUCGAUUCACCAGUUAUUUUCCCCUCAGCGCAAGAACAUCGGGCCUACACUGCCGUUCGUGAAUUGGUAAACAGUAUCCAAAUUGGGAUGAGUUCUCCUUGGCCAAAGAUGACCAUGAACUUCGUGCUGAAGUUCUUCCCCUCGCUCGUCGCUGCUAGACGGUAUACGUACCAUGCAGUCAACGGAGUUUUACGGGGUGCUUGGAGCCGAGUCUCCACAGUUCAGUCCGGAGAAUUUCAAGUAGAAAAGGCCAAGUGUGCGGCAGAUCUGAUGGUCCUACGAGAGGCACAGCAGGCCAAGAAGCAGAACCGUCCAUUCCAAUACGACACACCAGCGAUUCGGGACGAGCUUCUAGGUUUUUACCUUGCUGGUCACGAGACCACGUCCACUACGAUAUGCUGGGCCGUCAAGAACCUGACCGAACACCAAGAUGUGCAGCAGGAGCUUCGCUUAGCCUUGCGCUCCGCGUACCCGGACGCCGUCAAGACAAAUCGCCUUCCGACGGCCCGCGAGAUCGUUGAAACAUCUGUGCCCUACCUAGAUGCAUUCAUCGAAGAGAAUCACCGUCUGGGUGCAGCAAUCCCGACAAUGAUUCGCCGCGCGACACGGGAUGCCACGGUACUCGGACACAAAAUCCCCAAGGGCACUGACGUUUUCAUGAUGGUAAACGGGCCCAGCUUUCAAGGCCCAGCUCUUCCUGUCGACGAGUCAGCACGCAGUGAGACGAGCCGGGCGACGAAAGAUCGGUAUGGCACCUGGAAUGACGACGAUGUCAAUCGAUUCGUGCCAAAACGAUUCCUUGUCCAGGACCAGGGCGGACAUGAGAGGUUUAACCCCUUUGCCGGACCUGUACUGCCCUACGGAGCGGGUCUGCGUGGAUGCUUCGGCAUUAGGCUCGCAACCCUGGAGUUGCGAGUUAUCAUCACGUUGAUCGUAUGGGCUUUUGAGCUACAAACAACACCCCCAAAUCUGUCGUCAUUCCAGGGGAACGACGUGAACACACAUCGGGCGAAGCAAACAUAUCUCAGGCUUGUGGAAGUCUGA